CUUUCAGGGCCCAGCAUGCACGCUGCUCGUAACUCUCGGCUCCCGCCCCAGCCACUUCAUCUUACUUGCCUGCGUCUGGUGCGCCUCGAGGAGCUCCAAGAGCCGGGGAAAGCAUCUCGCUGCAGUCAUUGAUAGCUCACAAGGCCGGCGAGACCAGCAGCGCCCUUCAGGACGCGAGGCGCGCACAUCGGCCUUCAAGAAGGGUGACAGGCGAAGAGCGGAACUUCCCGGGGCUUUGCAUGCCAGAUGCCCUGGUCUUCACGGAUGGCCAGUGCAAGCAGCUGCUAGCCAGCGAUGGCCGAAAGAGCGUGGAAGGCCUGCUAUGGGGUGCUGUUGGUGUUGCGAUUGCUUUGCGCCAUAACGGGCACUGGCUACAUUCAUCCCGAUGAGUGGUUUCAGUCUGGAGAGGCAAUAGCAGGCAUACACUCAUCCACGUCCCUGUUGAGGACAUGGGAAUUCGAUGCAGCUUCCCCGUCGCGCUCUCUGGCCAGCCUGCACCUCUUUCAAUUUCCUCUCGUGGCGUGGGUCCACCUGAAUUAUAGGUUUGGAGUCUCCGCUAGCUCCUACUCCUUGUUCCUGGCGCAGAGGGCCACCUCCUUCUUCACAUCUUUGACACUAGACUUUGUCGCAGCACGUUUGGUCGCUCCUUCGACCCGACAGCGGCUUCAGACGUACAAGACUCUUUGCAUUCUUGGAUCCAGCCACGCUGUCCUAUCGCUGUGCACCCGCCCUUUUUCCAACGGCGCCGAGGCCGCACUGCUUGCUCUCUGUCUCCUGUUGACUCGAGCAGUGGUAGAUUUGUCACAUGCUGAGUCGCGCGCGUAUGUGCCUGUGUGGGUAGCUAGGCAAAGAUGGAUUAGGUACUGCUCCGCACUUUUUGGUCUAGGAGCAGCGGGCCUCUUUGUGCGCUUCACUUUCGUGGCCUUCGCUCUGCCUUGCGCUGCAUACGUCGCCGUAGCAGGGACACGAUUGUGCCGGAGGCAGUCCAUCCUCUCUACAGCAGCAUUGUAUGCUUAUCUGCUCCUCGAGACGCUGCCAUCUUUCGUCUUCGUCGUUUUACUCCAUAUAUGCACCGACAGCAUGCUGUACAGAGGAAAAUGGUUUUCGAGUCCCCUUCUUUUGGCCCCACUCAACUUGCUUCGAUACAAUCUCGAUCCUACAAAUCUGGCGGAGCACGGGACGCACCCUCGGUGGUUGCAUGUGGUGGUCAACGCGCCGAUCGUGCUUGGCGCAUCUGUCUGGCUCUAUGGUGCUUUGAAAAUCUCGCUCUGGGCGGUCGGCCGGAAGGUGGAGAGACGUAAGAAAGUAAAGGGCAAAGCAAAGGAAAUUGACGUCGAUGCAGCGGUGCAGCUGACGAUGCGAAAGAUCUACUUGGCCACGGUCCUAGUCCCAAUCGCCCUGCUUUCCGUUCAGCCACAUCAAGAACCUCGCUUUCUCUUACCAACAGUGCUGCCGUCGACCCUUCUCUUUGCCGAGGCAUGCUUUGGAGAAGCGCAUCGGCGGAUGCAAAUGGGUCGACGAACGAGAAGAUUGCUCCUUAGCUUGUAUCUGCUACAACACGCGGUCCUGACUAUUCUGUUCUCAUUUCUGCAUCACGGCGCCGUCUUGCCCACCCUAUUCAACAUUAACAACGCGCUUUCAGGACGGGGAAGCGCGGGAUGGCUGCCAUCGUCUGACCACACAGGGCCUGCUUCGCCCACGGCAUCCCUCCACAUCAUCUUCUGGCGCACUUUCAUGCCUCCGCGACAUCUCAUACUCCCUUUGCAGCCUCGCGGCUCAUCUCAAGGUGGCGGUCAGACUCGCUACCCCACCAUCACUGACCACGGGAGCAUGCCAGCACGAACACUCGCGGCCUGGUUGAGGUCUACUAGUCGGACCCUUUCGUUUUCUCCAAAUCAGUCGCGAGAGGAGCUCGAAGCGGAAGAUGACAAUGGAAGGGAUAUUGCGCAUUCUCGGCAGCUCGUAGUUGCACCUGCCUGGGCUUUGGCAGAUCUUGAGCGAUCUCUGGAUAUGGGAGGCGAGCAAAGAGAGACUAAUCUCGUGCGACUAGCCGCCUUUGGACCGCAAGUAGAUCUCGAUCAUCUUCCGGAAGUGACGACCGUUUGGCGGCGCGAAGCUGGCUGGGCUUCCCUGAAAGAUGCAGCUAGCAUUCAGCUUGUGGAGUUCCUCGACGUGAAACAAGCGGCGAGCGUUCGAAGGGAGCCUCCGCCUUUAGCCUCGGUGCACACACAGAGCUAAGCAAAUGGAAAAGCAGAUU